AUGUCAACCCAAGUUAUCUCUCUUUCCCCACUCUCGCCCGCGGACGACAGCAGCAGCAACGCCUCCGUGGCGACGAAGCCCACCACAGCUGUUCAUCGUAGCAGCUGUUUCCUCUUCUACAAGGGCGCCGUUCGUUAUCCAGCCGAGACUGUUCUCUUUCUCGCAUUUGCCAAUUCUCCUCUCUUCGUGGCGUUGCCAUUCAGCAACUCGCUGCUGCCCACAACCUACCCGAAGCCGCUGCUCUACGUCGCCGGGAACCUCGUCGAGUUCUCCGUUUGGACGGAGCUGAAUCGCCUUUGGCCAUCCCUAUUCUCAUUCCAUUUGGUGCCACGCCUUGUUGGACCGCAAAACCCUCCUCUCUGGAAGGUAGUUUUGCUUCUGUCAAACAAUAGAAUUGAAACCCUAAAAAUUGGUUACUGGCUUCAAUAAAAUGGAGAAUCCUGGUGGAGAUGAGACGAAGGACCAAACAACUGAUAGUGGAAUGGUUGAUAAAUACAAUGUCGAAGCAGCAGAAAUUAUAGCCAAUAACGCACAGCAUUUGCCCAUUACUCAGGCAGCACCAGUAUAUGAGCAACUUCUGUUAUUGUUUCCUACGGCUGCAAAAUUUUGGAAACAAUAUGUGGAGGCUUUUAUGGCUGUAAACAAUGAUGAUGCUACAAAGCAGAUAUUUAGCCGGUGCUUAUUGAAUUGUCUUCAUGUUCCUCUUUGGCGUUGCUACAUUCGAUUCAUUAGAAAGGUCAAUGACAAAAAGGGUGUAGAGGGACAAGAAGAAACAAGAAAAGCUUUUGAUUUUAUGCUUGGUUAUGUUGGAACUGAUGUAGCAUCUGGGCCUGUAUGGAUGGAGUACAUCACCUUUCUAAAGUCAUUACCGGCUCUAAAUGCACAGGAGGAGUCGCAACGGAUGACUGCUGUACGAAAAGUGUACCAGAAAGCUAUUGUCACUCCUACCCAUCAUGUUGAGCAACUCUGGAAGGACUAUGAGAAUUUUGAAAACUCUGUUAGCCGGCAACUGGCCAAAGGAUUGUUAUCUGAAUAUCAACCAAAAUAUAACAGUGCCAGGGCUGUCUAUCGGGAGCGAAAGAAAUAUGUUGAUGAAAUUGAUUGGAAUAUGCUAGCUGUACCACCAACUGGCUCUUACAAGGAAGAACUGCAAUGGAUGGCUUGGAAAAGAUUUUUAGCUUUCGAAAAAGGAAACCCCCAAAGGAUAGACAGUGUGUCCUCCAAUAAGCGAAUUAUAUUCACCUAUGAGCAGUGCCUGAUGUAUUUAUACCAUUAUCCUGAUAUAUGGUAUGACUAUGCUACUUGGCACACAAAAAAUGGCUCUAUAGAUGCUGCAAUCAAAGUAUUUCAGCGGGCUUUGAAGGCUCUUCCAGAUUCAGAAAUGCUAAAGUAUGCUUAUGCUGAGUUAGAGGAAUCACGUGGAGCAAUCCAGCCUGCAAAGAAAAUAUAUGAGUGUCUUUUGGGUGAUGGCGUUAAUACAACGGCACUGGCACAUAUACAGUUUAUUCGCUUUCUUAGAAGAAAUGAAGGGGUAGAAGCAGCACGCAAAUACUUCCUAGAUGCUCGCAAAUCCCCAAACUGCACAUAUCAUGUGUAUGUUGCUUAUGCGCUAAUGGCAUUUUGUCUGGACAAGGAUCCAAAGAUGGCACACAAUGUUUUUGAAGCAGGAUUGAAGCGAUUUAUGCAUGAGCCUGUAUAUAUUCUCGAAUAUGCAGAUUUCUUGUCUCGUUUGAAUGAUGACAGGAACAUCCGUGCUUUAUUUGAGAGGGCGUUGAGCUCACUGCCACCAGAGGAAUCUGUUGAGGUCUGGAAACGAUUUACUCAAUUUGAGCAAACUUAUGGAGAUCUAGCUAGCAUGUUGAAGGUUGAGCAGCGAAGGAAAGAAGCUCUUUCUAGGACAGGUGAAGAUGGAGCAUUGGCAUUAGAGAGUUCGUUGCAAGAUGUUGCGUCACGGUAUAGUUUCAUGGAUCUUUGGCCAUGCUCUUCCAAGGAUUUGGAUCAUCUAUCUCGACAAGAGUGGCUUGCUAAAAAUACUAGUAAGAAAACGGAGAAGUCUGCUGUUUCUAAUGGACUUGGGAUUGUAGAUAAGGUCAAUACAAGUGCAGCAAACAAUUCAUCUAUAUCCGCAAAAAUCAUUUAUCCAGAUACUUCUUGUAUGGUGAUUUAUGAGCCAAAGCAAAAGCAAGCAGAGACUGGAACUUCUACAAGCACGACAGCGCCUGGAUCUGGUACUGCUUCUAGCCCAUCAAUUAAUCCCAUCAUUGGGUUGGUAGGUUCUGAAGCAACCAAUGCAUUUGAUGAAAUAUUGAAAGCAACACCAGCCACAUUGAGAUCAUUUUUAGCAAACUUGCCUACAGUUGAAGGUCCGACACCAAAUGUGGAUAUUAUAUUAUCAAUUUGUUUGCAGAGCGACAUACCAACUGGGCAGAUGGGAAAGUUAGGUACUUCCGCUGUUCCAUUACCAGCUGGUCCUGCUCCUGCUACAAGUGACCUUUCUGGUUCAAGCAAGUCUCGUCCAGUCCUUAGUGGUUCAUCGUUCCAACAAUCUAGGGAUAGACAAUCUGGAAAAAGGAAGGGCGUAGACAGGCAAGAGGAGGAUGAAACUGCAACGGUUCAGAGCCAGCCACUACCGCGAGAUGUUUUCAGAAUUAGACAAAUUCAGAAAUCGCGUGUAGGUACUGUUUCUCAAACAGGAUCAGCAUCCUAUGGAAGUGCGCUAUCUGGAGAUCUAUCUGGUAGCACUGGCUGAUACUUUUCUUGGGUUCUUUGCCAUAAUUCUUUUGUAAAUGGCUAAUGUACUUAAAAAGAGUUUUUUGUAGUGAUAUUUAGUUCAAAUAUUCAUUUAAAUAUAUGUUUGUCUUUUACUGGUGUAUUACAGUUUUAGUUUCCAUUGUAAAGUUUUAAGGUUGGCUUAAAAUGCUAAUCCCAAGUCGCAGUGUUUGACAAAUAAUUAGAGGUGAAUAUUUUGUCGUUUUGAUUAAAAUUGAUGAACCAGCUUUAAAUGAUUA